AUGCCCCACACCCUACCUCUUGAGCUGUGGGAUCUCGUUAUCGAUGCGGUCAACACGCCCGCCGCCCUGCAGCAGUGCGCCCUCGUCUGCGCUCGAUGGCAAACCCGCGCUCAAUUCCGGCUGUUCUCGACCAUAAAUCUCCUCGUUGGAGAUGUCACCCACCAUUAUAAGACCGGGGAAACCACCAGACGGACCGAACCAGGCCAAAACUUAUGUGAAGUGCUCGACUCGCGUCCUGCCCUGGCUCUCCACGUCACUUCCCUCGUCUUGCACCACACUUCCUUUCACUAUAACACGUGUCUGUCAUGUUGGAAGGAAGCGGACAUCGUACACUGGCCGUCGCUGUUCCCAAAGCUCCAAAAACUCACCCUCGCCGAACCCGAAUCGGAAACGUCUUUCGUUCCCUUCAGUUUCCUCCUGCGUUCCCUCUUGAAUGCGCCGCCCUCUCUCCACACCCUCAUCCUAGGAGGCGUGCACGUUGUGCUAGAAGAUUCGCAGUACGAAUCCGACACACCUCCAAGCAUCCGGCAUGGAGAUCCCCUUCCGGCCCUCCGCCACCUGAUUGCCAAAAUCGACGACGGCGCGUACAUCCGAGGUGGGACCUUCGCUCGCGCCGUGGACAUCAAUGUCUUUCUUCACACGCUCACCAGGAACGGGUUGGUACCCCGCCAUACCCUGGUCACACUUGAUCUACCUCAGUAUUGGGACUUUACUCAACCGUUGACGGAUUUCGACGCGACCUUCCCACAUCUGGAACAUUUCCGCGUUCUGCUCAGUCACUCCGAAUAUGAAGACCCGAGUGCCAACGAUGUCAUGCACCAGAACACCCGGAGUCUCUUCGAUGCCCUUACCGGCUGCCCACGUCUCCGAGUGCUCGACAUCAUCUACGGCGAGCCCAUGCAGCGCACCUCAUACCUCCUUCGCCGCGAGCGGAUUUCCGAUUCCCUCGUUCUCAUUCUCGACGACCACUUCUCCCGCGCGGUCCCGCCGCAUCCCAAACUCGAGGAGUUCAAGCUCUCCAUCACGUACCGGGCGCAAGACGUCGAGCGCGGGUGGGUUUUCACUCUCCCGCGGCUCGCCGCGACGCUGAGAAACCGUACUCGGUACCCUGCCCUCCACCGCGUGUCCGUCUGCGCGCGUAUUCCCACCGGCAGGCGGUCGUUGGUAUCCGGGACCAGUCCGGACGAUUCGUAUGGGAGCGUCAAGCGCCUUUUUGAGUCAACUUUCUCAGACAUGGGGGUUCAGGUGAAAGUAGAACUUAUGUUUGGCGAAGACGCGUAUCGCGCCCCCCAGAACACCGCACUGGUGGAACUGGAGUUCGCGAUCGUCGACCUGAUCUGGAUGCUCGUCUGGGCUUGGCCCGCCUCGCUCGCGCGCUUCUCCGGUGAACGGUAUGCACGCGUGCGAGUGUCCGUCUCUGCAGACGUUGAGGAGGGCGAGAAGAGGACAUGGGAGGCUUCGCAGGAGGUCGGCUUGCACUCCAGGGUGUUCAUCUCCGCUUGGACUGGGGACGAUAUCGUCGGAUGGUCGUCGGUGUUCCCCAACCUUGAGAGGCUUGUUUUCAUCGAGCCCGGCGCGUCGCCUUCUCUCAUCUCGUUGAGAACCCUGCUUUACAUCCUUUUGAACGCGCCGCCCCGCCUCCACACCCUGCUUCUCCGUGGCGUGGAUAUCACGACUCGGGAACCCGACCCGCCAGUCGUCAUCACGACACCCAGCGGCACCCCUCCGUGCCUUCGACACAUCACCGUGGAGAUUAACUAUGCCACCUACCUCGGAGGCGUCACGGACAUCGUCCGCGCAGACAUCAGAUUGCUCUUCAACACGCUUGCAAGACACGGCCUCGUCUCCCCUCAGACCUUGGUCACACUGGAUUUACCUCUUUUCUGGGACUUCGCGAACGACUCGCCGACAUUUGAUACGACUCUGGUCAAUCUCGAGCACCUCGGCGUGCUUCUCAGCCACCCGCGCUGGUUUCUCGAGGACGAUCCAAGUACGGACCAUUUCCUUGAGGUCCUCGCCAGCUUCCCGCGCCUGCGCGUCCUCGACAUCACCUACGGCGAGCCCGACUUCCGCCUCACACGAUCCCUCCGGGGCCCGACCCUCUCCGACACGCUCGUCCGCGCCCUCGCCGACCACUUCUCGCGCGCGCCCGCGCUGCACCCCGAGCUCGAGGAGCUCCGAAUCACCCUCACGUACCGGGCCGAAGACAUCGCGCGCGCCUGGUCGACGCCCGCGCUCCCGCAGCUCGCCGCGACGCUCGCCGACCGCGGGCGGCACCCCUCGUUCCGCUUCGUGCACGCGCGUGUGAUCGUCCCCGCGAGCGCGGCGUCGCGCGACUUCCGGCAGGUGUUUAUGUCGCGCGGGAUCUGCGCGCGCUUGUUCGCUGCGUUCGUGGCGCCGGGGGUGGAUGUGGGCAUCAAUGCGGAGUUUGGUAUUGAAGAGGACGGAAGUGGGAGCGACGGCCGGCUUGGACUCGGAGGACCGCUGUGGGACCCGACGGCGGAAGACGGAGUGGGGAGAGUGCCGGGGGCGGUGGGACGGUUGGAGGUCUGA